CUGAGCAUGUUUCCUACUGUUAUGAUUUCUGUUUAUACUCCAACUUAUACAGCUGAUUGACUUUUAGCUUGGUUUGAUCUGAAAAAUCGUAAUGGAGAAUUUUGCUGAAGUCUUACUUCGAUAGUGUUGUUGAAGUGUCCGUCGGUGAACAGCUCUAAUUUUCGAAUGUCUUUGGCGGGAAAAUUAUGCUGUUGAUCUGAGGUGAAUCUCUUUGUAUGUUCUUCACAGUGCUAAUUCUUCGAUUCAGAGUUGUUCCUCUAUGGAAGAAAUGGUUCAGUUGUCUACUCGAUAAUAAGUGAGGCGAAGUGAGUCCUUUGUAAUAACUAACUCGGCACUUUGAAAUUUACAGAAAUGUACAAUAUAGUUAGUCGUCGGGCAUUGUGCUCUUUAUUAAGAUUUUGAGCUUAUUUAUUUUAGAGAUCAUGUCAUUGUUGACGAUUCUACGCAAAACACAGGGUAUUUCUGUGGUGUUAAAUGCUCAAACCACUUAAAAGUUUGGGUAAGAUAUCCGCACAGCCCCAUGUAUAAUUAUGCCAACGGUUCUGGGAUAAAGGAAACAAUGGCGAAAACAAGAGAUUACCUGUGGGACUACAGCUUUGUUUUACAAUAGUAUGGGGCUGUGCGGAAAUCUUGCUAUUGUUUGUUAGGCUUGUUUAGAUACUUAUCGCAUUGUCUGAUCUUGCUUGUAGACAUUAAAAUGUAAGAUAUGGCAGGGAUGCAAUGAGCUUUUGGCAAGGAAAUUCCCAACCCAAUCUGUCAGUAACUGGCACAUCCACAUCACGUCAUCAAAGGCCGCCAAGUGGACGCCGUGCACGACCUGGUAGUGCUGGGAGAGGAGGGAGCACAAAAUCUCACAUAUUUGGUAUUGAUGAUAGCCCUAGACAGAACAACCCUGAUAGUAACGCAACAGCUAGUUCCCAUGGAAACAGUAUUAAAUCAAGCUCAAUCCACACUACGCCAGAGGCGCCACGCCCUGUAAGUGGGCACCCUCCCAAGAAGGCAGUGGGACUGACUUCAAAUGUAAGACUAUUUGCAUUGAUAUGCAGUAGAAGUAAAUUAAUACACAAUGUUAUUGAUAAUGUUACAUUCAAUUGGGAUUCAGCUAAGUAAUGAAAUUUAAGUACUAAUAUUUUAAUUUUUAGUGGUUAUUUUGUUUCAAUUUACCUUUUUAAAUUGAACAAAUUGUAUACCUCAUACCUCUGACUGCUAAGAUAUGAAUGAUAAUUCCACUAUCUACCAGCUAUUAUACAUCUUCCAAGUAAAUGAUUUGUUUCUUCAUCUCUGUAGAUGUAACACUUUAGUUAAUACCAGAUACCAGAUAUUCCAAAAGAUUUUGAAUAACUGGAUUGUGUCUCAAAGUAAGCAGCACAAUAUUGUGCUUUCAGGGAACAACAGUUAUAAGGCAGUGCUGCACCUCUGUCACUGUUUGUGACUAUGAAGGAAUGGUGUUCUGUGUACAGUUACACAAUCUGAAAACUUAAGAAAACACUUUAAUGGUCCAUAAUAAAAGUAAUUCACAUGUGGUAAUUUUUAGGUUAAUGAAUGUUAGGAUGUUGUGAGUUAUGAGGUUUACAGAGGAAUAAUAAAAAUUCAUAUUUCAAUCAGGUGUAAAAAAAGUCAUGUUGAAAACCUGCUGACUAUGCUUUUAUGUGACAAACAGCUUAGUUUAUUAUUAUUAUUAUUAUUAUAACAUACAGCCUUGACAGUAUUUAUGGGCAAGCCUUUUAUUGUACUAUAAAUUAUAUUUAUGAGUAUUCAGUAAUUCACUAUGAUGAUAUUGGAACUGCUUUCUUUUCAAGGCCUCAGUGAUCACAAAAUCUCAGUUGGAUACUGCUAGGAACUUAGCUAAGGUCAAGGUCAGCAUUUUACAAAAAAAAAAUUUAAUGUUAUUAAGGUGAUUCCUCAGUAUUGCACCAGUGUACAUAAAAAUCACGUAAUCAGACAAAUAAGCAUGCUUGCAUUCUGAGGAUACUGUAUUGUUUUUUAAUACAUGGACCAGUUAAGGAGGUAUGAUGGUCUUGAGCUUGUGAACAGGCAUGGUGACCUAUAUUUUUCAUUGCAUGAUUUUGUUAUACAAGUGAUCCCCUUUAAAUUUGAGGAAUUUUAAAAAUUUAUUGAAGGGAAAAAAAGGUAUGGCUAAAACCAUGCACAAAGCUCAUUACACAAUGAGGAAAAUUAUGUCCUUGAAAGCAACAACUCGAGGAACGUUUUAAGUCGAGGUUGUCUAAAAUUGUCUCUUUUUAUUUGCAAAUUAUAUAUCAAAUUGCUCCAUAGGCUGGAGAGUUUCUACCUAUCAAGUUUUUAGUGAAAUGUUACUUUAAAUACCCUUGCAUCCAGCUACCUCAAAAUGUACUUUAGGCCAAUCAAAUGAUAGCGUGAUUAGAAACAGGCAUAAGUGGGGUAAGUUUGGUUCAUCAUAUCUCUUGAACAAGCACUGUGACCUAUCUUUUAAAUUGUAUUAAACAGACAUUGAGAGGGAACAUUUAAGGAACAUUUUAAAAAAAUUGUCUGAUAACUUUUUUUUUUCUGAGGAAUCACCUCAAUAAACUUUUGUGAAAUUAUUUCAUAAGCCAGUGUAAUAAAAAAUAUCAGUCAUGGCAGGUUAAAUAAAGCAUAUGGUAGUAAGGUUUGUUCAUAGAGGCCUUCUCAAAAUGGCAGCUGAAGGUUUAAACUACUAAUUAUUUGACUGCACACUUCAUUUACACCAUUAUAUGUAUGUGUAGCCAGAUAAUGACUCCAUAUGGUAUUCAUACAUAGUUUCAUCAAGCUCAUUGUUGUUAAAGCAAAGAAUUAUGUAGGCAUAGGUGCCAACCACACAGAAUGAUUAAGGAUUUGAGUUAAUUUUCUUGGUUACUAAAUUUCCUGUUGUGGCCUUCCAUCACUGUUGAUUUUGCAUACUUGUAUUCUUCAUAGGAUAAUUUUUCAUUCCAAUAGAUGAUCUUUCUUAACCUUUGAGUAUGCAGUCUCACAAACUUUCAUUAAAUUCAUGGAUAAUAUUUUUUUAUUGAGUUGUACUCAUGCAUCUAAUUGACACCUUUUAGUCAAGUAUAUUAAACGUAACUUAUUUACAUCAAAAUUCUUAAUUUCUUAGUUGUAUCAGUUAAUGUAAUUGUCUUUGUCAUUUAUGCGAUUUCUCUUAUUUUAACAUGUUAUCUCUUAACUUACUGUUAGAAAUGUACAUAAAUCUUGAUACUUGCUGGCAAAGUUCACAAGAUUUUGAAGUUUUCUUUUUGGAACAAAUCAAAUGUUAAUACUUUCACUGUUGCAGUAUUUACCACUAAAUAAUUAUUACUGUACAGGAACAGUGUGAUUUAUCUCAUUUUUGUACUCUUAAGGAAAAUCCAAAUUAUGCUGAUCAGCCAGUAGAGGUUCAAGUUUUCUCACGGGGUCGGACUGGUGGAAGAAAAGCACCUCAGGGGUAAAGGAAAAAUUAAAAAUCUUCACUUGUUUGACAAAGUUAUACCUUUAUUCAAGAAUAAUUUUUUUUCUGUGAUGAACUUUUCAGAGUACCUCAGUUAGACCUUGGAAAUCUUGCUGAUGAUAAUUACCAGGUAUUUUGCACAAAUUAGACAUUACAAAGCAUUGAUUUAGCAUGUAUGUGAAAAAUAAUUGUGUACAGAUUGUGGAAGUUAUGAUGUAUCGGUAUAUCGAAGCAACAUAUAGUGUGUAGUAUGCACAAAAUAAAUAAAUACAAAAUGCUAGCCUCAAACAGACAAAAGUAUCACACUCUAACCAUUCUUUUUAACACCAUUGAUUAUUUGAUAAUAUCACGUGAUAUAGCUAUUUUUGUCUAUGGUAUAUUUCAUUUUUUUCCUGACCCUUUUUUUUUCUUAUUUCUUUUGCUCUGUCUCAUUGAUAAUCACCUCUGUAAAUUUUAAACAUACUUUGACAUUUUAGUCUGAAUAUUGUUAAGAAAUAACUUAAACCCUGUUUAUAUUUAUUAAUUUUUUUUUACUUUAUUGUUUAAUCUUCUCAAAUUUUAGUUGCUAGAACCAAUAGCACAGGAUGGUCCCCAUUUACACACGCCAGAUUCCAAUAGUAGUUUAAUCAGGUGAGUUUCCAUUUUAAAAAAAAAACCUUUCAUGUGUUGACAUGGCUAAUUGAAACUAACAAAACCAUAUCCACUCCUAUUUGGUUAAAUUUUCAUUCAACCACUGAUGCAUGUACAUAUACUGAACCUCAAAGCACGACAUGUUCUUGUGGUCGGCAGAGAGACUCAAAUUAAGUGCAGGCUUAUAUAGAAUAUUGCAUGGUCAUGGCAGUCAAAUGUCUUUUAAGUUUUUGUCUGAGCAGUUGUUUUUAACAAGUCUUUCCCUGACCCUUACCUCCCUUUUUUAGUUUCUUUUUGCUAACCCUGCCAGGUAGGGUUCAUGAGACAGUCACAGUGUUUUUAAGAUGCUGACAGCUGGUUUGCAAGGACUGACUGGGAGUGUAGAAAGGCAUUGGAUUUGUUGGGCAUCAAGUUAUUAAUGAUCUUUGGCAUCAUCACUCCAUAUGAUAAAGUGCUUUUUUAUUUAGAAGUUGAGCUUUUUUCUUCAUUCAUUCAAAGUCUAACCAUAAAACUUUUACAUGUACUGUAUGCUCCAAAUUUCCUGAACUUAAUUUCUGUAGAUGGAAGUUCCUGUAACAAAAUGAGCUAUAGAGCAUACAACAUUGUUCAUGAUGCUAUGUUUCUGCUGAAAAUUAAGUCAGCAAUACUUAUUUGGAGUCUAAGUUUAUCAUUUAGAAAUUGAUCUCUGUUGUAUGCAGCAAUUUUCUUUCAUUUCCUAAAGCAUUAUAGAUAGACAAAAUGGCUGCUGGUUUUAUGACUGGAAUGUACUUAAAUGAUAUCUGAACAUGUUCUUUUUUAACCUCUUUUUGUAGCUGGGGAACUCCUCUUCAUAGCUCAAGAUUUCAUCCUAAUCCAGUGAAACCUAAAGGAAGGGACUGGCAGCAGGUAUGUAAAUCUACUCACAAAACUAAUCAAAAUAUUGUGGUGUCUUAUUUGUCUUAAAUUCUUCUUCUUGAAAGAAACUGGAGAUAAUUAAGUUUCAAAAUUAAAUUAAGACAUCAACAUUUCUGGGGCUCAGUCACAACAGAGAACAUAUCAUGAUGGUAGUUGUUGUCAUGUGUUUUGUAGCUUCAUGACCCAUGGUAUGCCAAGGUAAGAAAUGGUUCAAUGAUGACUUGAAUGUUCCUUAACUCUGUAUCACCUGACCUAUAAGUAUAAAAAUGAAAAACAAGAAAACUUCAAGGUAAGAUAUUGAUAAUAAAAGCUUAAUAAAGUACAUGUGGAAUUGGAGAUUGCUUUAGAUCAUUUGAGUAUACAUUAAUUAAGCUACCAGACAUAAAAAAGACCACAUCAAUUAUCACAUUCUACUCUCAAUAAUUUGUGAACAAUAUAGUCCAAAGUUUUGUGAAUUUUAUAUGUGAUGGACUCUGCCAUUUGAGAAGGAAAGCAUCUUCUAUAUUAAUUGUUAAGUUUUGUGGAUUUUAAUUUCUACAUGUUACAGGGUCAUGGUACACAGUCACAUAAGAAGCCAGUGGAUCAUGUACCCCCCCUUGAUCAGAAGAAGCCACAAGGAAAUGAUGGCCUGCAGAAGGUUGGACCAUGAUAUUGCAGUUGAAAUAAAUUGUAUACUCCAGCAAUACUAAGUUUAUAAAUUAUUCUCUUGAGAAAAGUGGUAAACAUGAUGGCAAACUGUUGGCCAAAUCACACUGCUAUGAAAAGAAUUACUACAUACAUGGAUCAAGCACGGAAGGUGCUGCACUGUUCUCUAAUGAGGUUGUGCAUGCAUGUUAAUACCUCAAUGUUUUUCCUAAAUAUUUGUUAACUUAAGGUAUUUGCAUUUAUUUACAAAGAUACACAAACAGUACAUAAAGUGUAAGGUCAAGGAGAUCUUUAAUAGAUAGAAAAUAGGGCUUUGACUUAGACUAAUAUUUUCUAUCAUCUUUAUAUCUAUGAUCAGGCUUUUCAAGCAGGCCACAAUGAGAAUAGAGAUGUCCAUCCUGAGGUCAGAUUUGAAGAGAAGCCAUUCAAGGUAAAUCAAAGAUUUCUCAAUUUAAAAUGUUUCUUGGUUGGUUUUGAAGUACAACCUGUUAACACACUUUUUUUGAAUCGUGCCAUAAGAGCAGAUCUAAAUUGAUAGGUAAAGAAUUAUCUACCCUUGACCCAAGUGACCCAUCGAACUGGAACUUAAUCCAGUUUUGGUAGCAUGAAGUGAUUGUGACAAGGAGUAUUGCUAACCUCCCCUGGAUGGAAUGUCAAUCCACCAUUGGUUAACUUCUUGACAGCAUGUUAUCAAGCUUCUCUUUAAGUUUAGCAGUACCCAUUUACAUAUUGUACUCCUGGGUGUCUUUAACUGAUGACUGUACUUUACUUGCAAACUUACUACUGUAACAGAACCUGAUUUGAACAAUCUAUGGUGAAUUCCUUUUAUUUUGUAGAAGAUUUAUUACACCAGAUUCACAAAACAUCAAUCUUUGUGCACAUAUUAUGAAGUAAACAAUGCACACUUGCCUAAAUCUUACUUCUCUUCACUAUUCAGUACUUUAAUUUCCAGCAAUACAUAAAUUAAGUAUAUAAUUUUAUAAUAUAUAAUAUAAAUUACAUAAUAAAUUUUGCCUUUGUCUUUAAUAUUUAAGUACAACUAAUUUUUCAACAUUUUGCAGGUGGAUGCCAAUGAUACAAGGAAGUAAGUUCACACUGGUCAAAACAUCCUUAUGUGUUUUCUAUAAUACUCUUUAAAUUCGCAUGAUCUAAAUUCUUAGCAAUGAUGACUAUAAUCGGUGAUUAUUAAGGUGUUAAUUUUUAUUAUAGUUGUGAUUGGAAAUUUACGACUAUUUUGGAAAGACUAAUUUAAUCACUCUUUUGGAUCUCAAAUCAUGGUCAGUGCAACCAUAAUUUAAUGUACACGAUUUUAUACUUUUUAAAGGUGGAAGUUAAAGGUAGGAGCAUAUGAUUUCUUGAGCAGACUUUUCCUUUCAGAUAGAGUUUGACUUAUCUUUCUCUAAUGGAAUGUCUGGUUGUGUUUAUACCCAAGCAGCCUGGCUAAUCAGCAUGAUAGACCAUGGAGUACACAACCACACACCCAGCGAGAGCUGGCUCAGUUUAAGACAAGACAAGAAAGGGUAUUCAGUUUACUAUGUGUAGACUUGUAAGAUAUUAAACAGUGUUCCUCAUAAGCACCAGCAGGCAGUGUCUUUGUGGGCUGCUUGUUUCUGAGGUUUCCAGCUACCCUAUUUAGACAAAGCAAGGAAAUACUUGUCUUUAUUUGAAAUGAAAUCUUGACUUUUUUUGUUAUGGCUGAAGAAAUUUCUAAAAAUUCUCAAGGGAACAUAAAUAUUAUAAUUUAGUCUAAGUUUAUUUUUUAUUUCAAUAUGUGUUUCUCUUUCAUUGAAAAUAUUUUGUUGUUGAUUUGUUUGAAUUAUGUCUUUUGGCUUCUUGUUGAGCUAAGAUAAAACUAUGGACAAAAUAUAUUAAUUUUAUGAAAAUGAAAGAUAUAAUCUUUGGCAGACAUGAAUAGGUAAGUGACUGUUUGAUUAAGAAAUUACAUUGUAAUUAUCUCUUGAUUUGAUGGUUUGAUUUUAGGAAAUUUUACACUCAGAAAAGAAAAAGGAUCUGAUUUCUGAAACAGUUCUGGUGGAUCAGUUGUCAAGGUAUAUAAUACUGACAGUGCACAAUUGAUUUCAUGUAAGGGGUAUUGGUCAAUGAACUGCAAGAAGUUAAUUUUGAUACAUGUAUUAGUUGUUUGCAAGUAAUUAAUUAUUGUACGACCACUGGUAUCAACUCACUUGUCAAGUCUUUGAUUUGGAGUAAGGCUGAAGAUGACCAUGUUGUCAUAGAGACCAGUAUCUAGUUAGCAUGAUAACAAAGUAAUUUGCAUUUGAAAAGAUGCAACAAUUGUAUCAUAACAAAGUCACCCUCUCUGCUGUUCAAAGGUAGCUUGGAAAGCAAGCAUGCAGCUGUAAAAUGGACUAUUGCUAUUAUGUGCUAAAUAGCAAAAAUUGAGACACUUGCUUUAAAAUUUGAUUGCUCCUAUAAGCUUAUGUCAACACAUAGUUACAUGUUUACCCUCAUCUAAAAGUUUGAUCCAUCAACACAAAAGUUUCAUGUCCAUCUAGUUCAAUUUUAGUUUUCAGGAAGCAGGGAGAAAAUGCUCUGUGCAGAAAAUAGUCAUUCCAAGAAUUAUUCUUUUUCGUGAGCAGCCUUAAAAUAUUUGUCUGAACCAAGAACUGGAACACUGGACAUUAGAAGUCCUUUUUAUCUCAUUGAAUCAUUUCAUGUGAUUGCAAAAAAAAAUGAUGCCUGUCUUGUGCUAGUCCACAAGUCAUUAUUUGUUAAUCUAUUUUGAAAAUAGAUAAGAAAAUUAUGGAUUCUGAUUCUCUUCUUUUAACUGAACCCUUAAUAAUCAUAAGGGGUUGAAUGUGAAAGGCCACUCAGAAGGAAAGGAAGAUAUUAAGGGGCUUUGCAUGUGUCAUUGCAGUUUGAUAAAUACCUUGCUUUAUUAUGUGAGACAUUCUUUUCUUUCUUUGUCAGUAUCUUGACCAGUAGUUUGGCUGGUAAAUGAUUCAGCUUGUGUGAUCUGGAAUGAUGGCUCUUUGUAGUCCUGUUAAGGAUUUAAUUUCUGUGAUUCAUGAUGAGUAUCCACAAUUAAUUAUCAAAAUUUUUCAUUACAUAUAGGGCGGCUGUCUCUGAUCCAGAGAAAAACAACAGCACUAUUCCUCCUGAUCUGGCACCCAAACAAAGAAAGCAAAUGGAAUUCUAUAACACAAGGUACAUACUUAGAAAACUUCCCAAACAGAAUUGCAAAACAUUUCCAUAUCAGCAACAAUGAUAUUGUCAAUAUUUAUGGUAGUAUCACUGUGUAAUUUUUUCAUGAUGCUAUAACAGAUAAGCUAGGAUUCUUGCACUCUUCCUAACACUUAAAAUACUGUUACUCACAGUCAACUAAACAGUCAAUCAUGACUUGUUCCCACAUAACCCUUGAAUAUUCAGCAAGAAACCCAACGCCAUUCAUUUGAAAUUACUUCAGUUGAUGAAGAAUGUAGGAACCAUGAUAAUUUUGAAUUCACUCUCUGACUCUGAGGUUGAAAACACCAUGUCAUGAAUAGGCAGAGUGGGUUAUGUGAAUCUGUUGCCAAAGUCAAGAGUUGUCUCCUCUCUAGUGACCCUCAAAAGAAAGACUGCAGACAAUAUUCAUCUUUGUACACUACAUAUUCAACUUCCUGCUAAUAUAAUAUUGAUUUAGGUACAAAAUGUUGAGCGAUCCAUCCUUUUCACUUAGGAGUCCUUCUAAAGGUCCCAACACAGAAAAUGCCCUUUCUAAGAGAGUGCGUUUUGGAGCCAGAAUUGUGACAAAGAAUGGUCGAGAUGCUCAUAGAGAAUUGAAUGGGUUCUUCUUCUCAACAGAUGGGACACUAACACUCUAUGAAUUUCACCAGUUUGGCACAAGGUUGAUAUUUGCUUGGAUAUUCCAUUUAUAUUUAUCAAUAAAAUAAAUGGUCCUCACUUACUGGUAUUUUUGCUAUGACUUCUUAAUAACCAAAGUCAAAAUCCUAAUUAUAGUAUCUUAAAUGUUACAAAUCAGAGUUAAAGGAAACUCUAAAACAAAUUAAAAUAUUUUCAGUUGCAGAGGAUUGUAUUCUGAUAAGUUCAUAAUGAUUUUGUAAUGAUAAUUGUAGGGAUAAUUGGGCUUGCAGUUUUUAAGCUGUUCUUUCUUAAAGUGAGACUUAAAGACUGAGGUUUUUGGGAAAUUUAUUAUAAUUGCAUUUGAUAGGUAACCUGUCAUUAUAUCAAGACAAUGAUAAAAACAUGAAUUUGUGGUGAAAUAGGCAAUAAGUUAGGCAAAUAUUUUCUACAAUUAUGAUGUCAGAUAAUAAAUAAAGUCUUUGAUUUCAUUCAUGACAGCAUAAGGACUAAAAAGUGUUUGAGAUUUUUGUUCACAAACUUUGCACUUAGUAUAAGCAAAACAUUAACAACUGGUAAAAACUUCCUGUGCACCUCUUUUUUCUACUUUUUAAACAUGCAUUUUUCCCCCUUUUAGGUCAUCAGCUCUUCCUUUUAUUCAGCGAGGCUGUUACAACCAUGUUCAAGGAAGGAAUAAGGGAAAAGCUUACAAUCUGCUUGAUAUUCAUGUGGUAUGUUCAUAUAGCUGUUACACCUUAGAAGUCAUAGCAAACCAAAAGAUUUAUCAGCAAAAUAAUGAUCUGACACAGACUUAAUAUUGAUAUCAUGUUUAGUUGACCAAGGCAUGCUUCUUGGCAGUCAUGUGAAUCUUGAGAGACUUUCAACAUCAUAAUCAUGAUUAUACAUGAACUGAGGGUUUGGUACAUCAGGUUUACAGGAUGUGUAGUGUCAUCAAGAAAAGGCUGAUGAAAUAAUAUUUAUUUUGAAGAACAUUGGGCUGUUAUAAAUGUACAACUCAAGGAGGGUGGUUUAUGCAGAUUUCAAAGGACAAUUCACAACUAUUCAGUUAUGGAGCUUACUUUUGUGUAAUUCAUUGUAGGCUGUGAUAAUUACAUUGCAAGUAUGCUGUGUCAUUCUUGCGCUUCCUAAAUUCACGCAUAAAACAUUACUCAGAGAGGGACAGGGAAUGACUCUGCAUGAUCUUUAAUUUCAUACAAUAAAUAACAAAAUCUAAAGCAAGAAAACAGGCUCCCCAAAAUUGGGUGUCGUCCCAGGAAGGGGGAGAAGGCUGCUAAGCCCUCAGAGGUACUAGUGCUCCACCUAUAUCUGAAGAAUCUGAAAUGGUUUCUGUUUGGUUUCCAAUUUCAGGGCAGCAAUUUGUCAUUUUUGACCUCUCAGCAAACAUCACUUCCCCAGAGCAUAAGAACCCGACCAGUUGUGGUGUUUCGAAUUUCUGAGGUUGAUGAGGAAGCCAGAGAAGCACAACUGUAAGUGACAAGUCACAGGGAAACUAAUUAUAUUAUUAUAGUGUUCUUGUCCUUUUUAGAACACAUAUAAUUUGUUUUAUUUAAGGAAUAAUUUGUUGGUGAUUAUUGUUAGUUGAAGAAUGUGUUAUUCCUCUCUGCAGGUAUGAAAGUUGUCAUUCUAUUGAUGAGAAAAGAUCGAUAAUGGAGAGGUUAGAUAAUCCUUUGUCAAAAGCAGAAAUCCAGGAGCAGGAGCUAGUGAAAAAUAUACAAAGUAAGCUGAAGAAUUAUCUAAAAUCAGUGACUAAUGAACAUGAUUACUUUUAGGGCAAUCUCAAUUGAAUGACAUACAAGUCAUUUGUUGACCUGUGGUGACCUUUUUGUUUUGGUACUGCUGUUGGGUUUUUCACAUGAAGCAUCAUUCUAUGAUCUAAAUUUUAAUUCUAAGCCUUUUGCUCAGGAAAGCAGACUCUAAAACCUUUAAUCUUGUCCAUAUUAAAACAGAUGUAUUCCUCUGGAAAGACUUUACUCUUCUUGUUCAAAUUCCCCACCCCACCCAGGCAAUACUCAAAUUUUUUGCCCCCUGGGAAGGCCUUUUGUGUAAAAAACCAUGGGUUGCCAUGAGGGAUGGGGGUUGUGUUGAAACUCCAAAUUGAUUGGCGCAUUAUAGGAGUUUUUAGUAUCUAUUAAAAUUUGAAUUUUUUCACGCAUAAUUCUGAUCUCAAAGAGGGCUUAGUGUCCUUGAUGUUGUGCACCCUUUCUUUUAUGUUUGAGUUUUGAUGAACCUGCUUCGACAAUGACAAUGCUUUCAUAUGACGUAUUUCUUGUAAGGUAUGGUCAAAAAGCAACUACAAACAAGGGCUGUGAAAACAAUGAUGGGUCUUGGACAACACUUCAGAAAGAUGGACAGAUCAGGAGAUGGGCUGUUAGACAGGAUGGAACUCCGAAGUGCUUUAGAGGCUUAUCACAUUAGAAUACCUGAUGAGGCAAGUGGCAUACAGUGUCAUUGUAACAGUUGUACAUUAAAAUGAGUGUUCAAAAUAGUUUCAAACUAAUGAGAUAUAUUUCUCAUGACCCAUAAAUUAACCCUUUGAUAGCAAAGAGUGACUAACAUUUAAUUUCUCCUUAUGGCAUCACCCCAGAUCACUCUUGAUUGAUAAACAAAUUCUCUUUGUCAGUGCCAAAGGAAAUGUACAGUGUGUAGAGUAUGGAGAAUAUUGAUACUAAAUUAUGUUAGGUUGUUAAGGGUUAAACAAAGAAAGGUGCAAUUCAAACAAGUAUGAAUUCAUUUCAACAUGAUGUUAUUUGAAACUACCGCAUAGUCACCUGACAUUUUUUCUUCAGGUGUAAUUGUGCUGAAGUUGUCUAUCAAUAAUCACUGCUGGAAAAUUGUGUCACUGUUAAACUUAGGAAAAAUAGAAAUUAAAAUAUUUCAUUUAGUAGGUCAAGAAAAACAUUUUAUCAUUAAUUAGAAUUUUCUGAUUAAAUUCAUUUGGUAACUUUUUAAAUUUAAUCCACUAUAUUGAUGGAAAACUCUAACUUACAGUAAACCUGAUGAUUAUUUUCUACAUGUUGGUGGUAGAUGUGGAUGGUAGAAGCAUCUGGUUGCCUGUAUCUAAAGUUUUGAGUACUUCCAGGGCCUUGAGUACUUAAGGGCCACCCAAAUUGAAAGCUUGAAAAGAUAAUUUCUGAUCAGUAAUGACUACUUGAUGUAUUAUUAGGGUGACUAACUACAACAUUAAUUAACAUGGGUAUUAUAUCUAAUAAGAUCUAGUACAACAUAUUUGUAGAUUAAUGUUGUCUUUCUGUUACACUUCAGACAUUUAACUGUUUAUGGAGUGUGCUUGAUGUAAAUCAAGAUGGCUUCUUAGACUAUGGAGAGUUCUCAAGAGGAUUUAUUGGUGAAAUGAAUGAAUUAAGGAAGUCCUCUGUUAGAAAGGUAAGCAAGAGGUAAUUUUUCAAAAACAUUAAGUUGUUUCUAGUCUAUGCUCUGAAUUUCCAUCAGUAUCUUACUUCUUUAGAGCUUUCCCCUCUUUUAUCCUGACCAGUCCUGCCAUUCUUUCUAGAAACUGGAUUUAUUGUGCCAUGAAGCCUCCUUUUAAAUUUUUGAGCUCAGAGUGUUUAUUACUAAAUGAUGUGUCUGGUGCUCCAACCAUUUUUAGUUCCACCAAUAGUUGACACAUUUGCCUUUUUGCAUCUUCUAUUAAUUUUUAAUUGACAUGUUUAAGUGAAGCUACUCGUUGAGGUGUGAUUUCUGUUCUAGUGAAGAUCCUGGAGACAGGACUUAUUUGUCUGUGAGAUAGUCAUAGGCCUCCUUGAUCUCUUCCUUUUUGCAGAGAGUUGUCGAAGUGUCAUUUUGUUUUUCAGUGCAGAUAGUGUUGUUGGCAUGAACUUGCUUCCUUUAGGUCUGGAUUGGGGGCAUAAAUUUAUUAAAGACUUUCCUGAGUCUGCCUUCUGAAUGUUUCUGUGUUAGGGUUGAACAUGUGAACCUUGUUGUGCUUUGGAGUAAAUUUUUGUGAAACUGUAUCUAGAUUUGUCUCUCUAAAAUCAUACCCCUAGAAUUUAAUUUAUACAGGAAAUCAACCUGCAUGAAUGCUGAACUUGACCAUGAGUGUUUUUCAACAGGUUUUCCGGAAGUUGGACCCUAACAAAAGUGGUGUGGUUAAUUUGAAUGACAUAAAAAAGUUUUACUGCACCAAAAAACACCCAAAAGUUAUUUCAGGUGAUAAAGUAAUAAAGUUUAAUUAAGUUUGCAGGCAUUAAUAUUUUUUGGGUCCUACUCAGAGUCAUUUUAGCCCAAGCCAUUAGGAACAUUAACUGUAUUACUAAAUUAUUAACACUUUUGAAGGCAUGAUGAGAAAAUAAAACUGAAAACAUGACAGCAAACAGUCUGAUCAAUUAUGCAAGUAUGGGAGUAGGCUAAAAUCUCUAUGUUAGCCCACAACAUGUGCCACAUUGCCCAACAAAGUGAUAAUCGUAAGGUACCUUAUUUACAGCUCUGUGCUGCAAUAAUUUCCAAGAAGAGCUUGGUUCAGAUUAUAGGUUGUGAUUCAAGUUUAUCUGUGGUUCAUCUCAUUUUAUUUCAAACACCUAAACCUUCAAUUUGUUAUUUUAUAGUCAACAGAGAACCAAAGGGAAAUGAGAUUUCAAUCAAAAUUAGAUCAAACUACAGCAUACACAUGCAUUUAGUGAUUUAAAUAUGUGGUGUCAUGUAUCAGUCUUGGUCAAUUCGUAAUAAUUCUCCAACUUGUUUUCAGAUGUAGAGAACUUUUGUCUUUUGAAAAUGUCAUCUUGUAUAGUCUGUUAGGGUCAUUAUAGGGUGCAUGUACCCAAAGAUCAAACUACUUGAAAGAACCUCCUCUAUUGGUUGCAAACCAGUAAUUUUGUGAUUAUUUUUGUUGAAGAUAACCUAGGAUUUCCACAAAUUAAAACAAACUUUAAGUUAACAUAGCUUGUUAUAUUACUUUCUAAAAAAGUCUGAAGCUCAUUUAGGAAUACAAUACAAUAACCACUUUAAUCCUUUCCAUUUUGUUUUUCAGGAGAGGCUAAGGAAUGGGAAAUUGAAGAGGCCUUUCUUAGCGCUUUUCAACUUUGUGAGAACAAGGGCCAAGUAACUUAUGCGGUAUGUCAACUUUUUUGCUACUGAAGUCAUCAUAUACCCUUUUUCCUAAAAUUUUUUAAACUUCGUCAUAAGGAAAUAAUUUUGAUGUCAAGACAGUUAAUCCCUAAAUGAUGUGCACAAAAACUUUUAGAUCAAUGCUAUGUGGCCUUACAGGAAUAUGAAUCCAUUUCUUUUAUGACAUUUGGUGACUUUUUCAAGUGUGAAAUUCCAUUUUCUCACUUAAAAGGAAAGGCACACUUGCCUUACAAGAGUUUUCACUAAUCCAUCAUCAAAUGAACCAUGCUGUCCAGUUGUUGUGAUUCAUAAUUUUUUUAAACACUUAAUAAUAUUACUUACUAGAAACAAGAAUUGUAGUUAUAUAAUUAAUACAUAAUUAUAACUAUUUGUUUGGUCUUUAAUCCUUGUUAGUAACCCUGCAUCUUUGAUUUGUUUUUAUUAUAUAUUUUAUACAAAUCAUCUUCCUCGAUGGUUGUGAUAAGUGAUAAGUUAUACUUAACUAACUUUUCCUUUAAAUUUCCCAACAGGAAUUUGAGGACUAUUAUGAAGGUGUAAGCCUUGGCUUUGAGAGUGAUCAGGAGUUUACAGCCAUGAUGAGAAACUGUUGGAGUAUCUAAUGCUACUGAUGUCUAAGUGUUGUUUUACAAUGCCCUACAUCCAGCUGUAAGGUUCAUAGUUAGAACUACAUUCCAAAUGAUGAUGGUAAACAGUAACUAUUUAAAAUGUGCACUAAAAUGUUGUUAUUUUUAUCUCUCCAACAUUAAUUACUAGAAACUAAGUUCACCAUUCUACUUUACCAUGUGUCUGUCAAAGCAGGCUGUUUCAAUUGAUCAGAACUGCAUUUUAUCAAAAUUUUAGUUUGAUUUAUAUCUUCUAUUCAUAACAUUUCCUAGUUUGUUAAAUAUUAAAUUCAUAUAGUCUAAUUCAGUUGCAUGAGCAUGUUUUCUUUCCUGUUUUUCAUGCUCCGCCUGCUAACUUGUGUGCAUGCACUAAAGCAUGGCAGUAGGAAUUUCCCUUGUGUUACAACUGAUGUGUGUUCAUCACUUUCAGAAGAUCGUGGAAAGUUAAGAGAUUAAGAUAAAAGAGGCUAAGCUUGUGUGGAGCACUAGUGAAGUAUUCUGCAUCUUUUUUGCUGUCCAAACUUCCCACAUGCUUCACAUCUUGAGGAACACACAAUUGUGCAUAGCUUAGUUAUUACUAAUGGGUCCUGAUUGGCUGAGAAUUAUGCUGUAUAUUGUUAUUAUUAGCCAUCACGAGGUGAUUAUAAUUUUUCAAAUGGCUAGAGUACCAGAGAUUCCUAGUGAUGUUUCUAAAGAAGGAAAGAGGACAGAAUUUUGCCUGAGUCUCAACCAAUAAUCACCUGAGUGAGUAAUACAUGACAAUUAUUAUCCUUGGACUCAGGAAAAACUAUCAAGUAAUUUCCUCAAUGUCAUUUUGGAAACUCUUUGACAAAAACUGCUUUGCCUGUGGUAAAUGAAUGUUAAAUAAUAAAGUAGAAUUCCUCAGUGAUUUCUUAGUCUGGUUGUCAUAUUUGGGUUCAUUGUAUUUAGAAUUCACUACAGGAACAUUGCCACUAUUUGGUAGAAACUAUAAUCACAUGGAGUUAGUCCUUAAAUUAUUUAUUUUUACAGGGUAGAAAAAAAAACAGGGGUUUUAGGAAAUGUGUUGAAAUCAAGACUGUACAUGUGCAGAUACUUAAAUUUGGUAUGUGUCAUAAUAUUUGUCAUCAUGUUUACAUUUGCAUACUUUCUAGCAGUGAAGUAUAUAUGUAAUAGUGGAACCCUGAUGCAGUGAAAUACCUUGUUACUCUGAUAUCAUCAUUAUAUCUUAUAAUUUACAUUGGAGGAUCUCUCAUUUGGAGGAGGAAUUAUCAUUAGUUAUGAGGUUAAGGUGACAAUCACUUAUUUAAAUCCCUCAGUCUUUUGAUGUUAAGAGCAAACUGUCACUGCCUUUGUCUGUCAUGUUGUCGUGAAAGAGAACCAAAAAUGCCAGUCAGUCCUUCUGGCAUUUCUCCAUUGUCUUUUUGGUCAAAUAAAGCUCAAGUCAUGCCCAGUUUGAUCUUGAAGAUUGGUGUAAUUCUAAAGAAUCUCAGAUGAGCACACCCCUCUCUCCAAUGGGAGUCCUCCCCCCUAGGGAGCAAUUAUAACUGAGCUUUUCUAUGCACUUUAAAUUUGAAGCGGGGGGCAGGAAAGGGGGAAGAUACACUUGUUAUUCAGAGGCAUCAGUAUAAUUAAGUUGCAUCAGUGGUUCACUUUUUCUCUCUACUGGGUUAUGUGACUUUGAAUGACAAAAAAAGGUUUCACUGAAAACAUAACACUGCAGUCAGAAAUCAAAACACUGAUGGACAGAACUUAAGCAGUGCUCCAAGUAGCCACUGUUCGGUUGUCAGUAGGGGUUGAAACAAUUUGGUGUCUAUAUUUGCACCCCGGGAUAGCAAUUUGGUGUUUUUUGGUUGGGUAGAAAGGUCGUAUGUUUAUAAAAUAAUGCACAGUGUUUAUGGCUUAGGUAUAAACUAACGAUAACAUUUGGAUCAGAUGUUUUAAUCCCUUUAUCUAGUCUUCCCUCAGAAAAAUGUUCCUCCUUCUACUUGAUGGUCUGUGCAUAAGCCUGCUGAAUAUGUUGCAUGAACCUUCAAAAGCAAUGGCUUGCUAGUCUUAAUUUUUUGCUAUUUUGUUUUAUUGUCACAAUCCUUCUUUUGUUUCUGGCAACCAUUAUAUAAUGUUAGUUCACCAAACUGGUGACUUUGACUUCAAAAUGAACUUAAGUUGAGUUUGCAGCCCAAUUAAAAGGAAUCACGUGUACUGUAGCUUCAAAACGCAUAAUUAUUACAGUGUUGUGUCUAACUAAAAACAAACA